UCAGGUCUUUCCAUUUUUCAACACUCUGUCUCACAGUUGCCGAAAUCAACGGAUUCGAGAACGGAGCGACACAGUUUCGAUCUGUAGCGUCGGAGUCGUAGCGAAAAUGAAGAAGGAAGACACGGUGAAGCUGAUCAGCGCCGAGGGCUUCGAAUUCGUCGUUGACAAGAAGGCUGCCAUGGUCUCUCAAACCAUCCGAAACAUGCUUACCUCUCCCGGGGGCUUUUCUGAAGCGCAGCAUGGAGAAGUGACUUUUCCGGAGAUAAGCACUACCAUUCUCGAGAAGAUCUGUCAAUACUUUUACUGGUCUCUCCAAUACGCCAGUGGGAAGGAAACUGAGUUCCAUAUUGAACCUGAGCUGACCCUGGAACUGAUGAUGGCUGCUAAUUAUCUGCACACUUGAGAGGAUCACCUCUCCUCCUUCUUGGGCAAUGUUGAGCAUGGGAUAGUUGAGAGCAAUUUUGUUGUCCAAGGUACAAAGGUUCUGAAGAUUGCUGUAUCAACAUUCUCUAUGGCACAGCAAAAUUGGGUUUUUCGGUCUUCUUUUUAUGUUAUUGUUUGCAAUGGGAACAAUGUUAGGAAAGGAACUGAUGUAGCCAAACUGCAUGCAUGAUUAUUAUGAGAUUAUUAUGAUUGGCAAACUUGUAUGAUAAGACCUAAACGCAAAAUGGGUAUAUAUCUGUUUUCAGGUUGUAUUUCGGUGGAUUAAUUCUGCUAUUUUUUAAAGAAAUGCAGUAUUGUAUGUAACUGGUGAAUAGUGCUUGGAUGAUGGAGACAAAUAAUUAUAGCAUCCACUCUCACGAGGCUUUUAUGUUA